CUUUUGGCGCUCUGGUGUGUGACCGUCAGUUCAUUUCUUGACGGCUCAGCGCUCGCUCAUACCUAAAGGCAGAAAAGAACACGCAAUUAUGAAGAUCCUCAUUGUGUUGGCAGUUCUGGUGACCAUUGCCUCGGCCCUUCCUCAGUUCGGAGGCUUCGGAGGCCCAGGCUUCGGUGGACCCGGCUUCGGAGGCGGCGGCUUCGGCGGCGGCGGCUAUGGCAGACCAGGCUUCGGUGGACCCGGUGGAUUUGGUGGCGGUCCCGGCUACGGCGGAUUCGGUGGCGGUCCCGGCUAUGGCGGUUUUGGUGGCGGUCCUGGAUUCGGAGGCGGACCCGGCUAUGGCGGCGGUGGCUUUGGAGGCGGCGGUCGACGACGUCAUGGCGGCCAUGGUGGCGGCGGCGGUGGUGGCGGCGGUGCCGCUUCUGCUUCGGCUUCUUCCAGUGCUUCGGCGGCUGGUGGCGGCGGAGCUGCUUCAUCAUCAGCCUCCUCAUCCGCCUCAGCCUCGGGCGGUGGAGGUGGCUUCUACGGAUAGACCGCCUGUCCAUUGUUUAUGCUUAAGUUAGGGUUAAUGUUUGAAGAAAGUCUGAAAAAAUAUAAAAUCCAAAAAACCGAA